AACUGAUAACUUUAAAUGGUCUCUUAAUUUUCUUUUCAGAGCUGUAUAUAUUUUAAUAAAAAUAAGAAAAAACAGGUUAGCCCUCAAAGAAAACUGGAAUAUAUAUUAGAGUAAUAUCAUAUAAUUUAGGAUUAUGCUAGAAUUAAUGGAGUUCAAAAAUAAUAAGAGCAACAUACAUAUUUUGUUUUUGAAAUUUUAAAUCUUCAUUUUAAUACCAUAAAAUCCUGAUACUCUUUGUAAUAGUUCAAAAACUGAGUGGAGAUGCUCCAGUCAAUCAGCCAGAGAUGACAGUCAAGCAAUUUUACUUGAAGAAUAAUACUGAAAAAAAGAUUUUUAAAAACCAUUUUCCUUGUUUUUGUUAUAGGACAAAUCAGAAUUGGCAGGUCAGACAUCAAAGCAUGAAUCUAAAUGGCAUCCGGUGGAAGUCUCUUAACCGAGGAACACUUACUGUGUCCCAUCUGCCUUGACGUCUUCAAUAAACCCGUUUCCACUCCAUGCGGACACAACUUCUGCCUGCCCUGUAUCACGUGCUACUGGGACACCACACUUGUCUGCCAAUGUCCAAUCUGCAAGGAAGACUUUCCAAACAGGCCCAACCUUAAGGUCAACAUCUUCAUUGCAGACCUGUUGUCACAGUUCAAGUCUCUUCAUGUCCUGAACGUUCACACCCAAAGGUCAGCAGGUCAGCAGCCGGUCAGCUGUGGCAGCGAGGUGCAGUGUGACAUCUGCAGCGGCCAGGCUGUGAAAUCCUGUCUGGACUGUGUCACUUCGUACUGCGACAGCCAUCUUCAGCCUCAUGGCAUCACUUCUGAGCUAAAGAGACACACGUUGGUUGAGCCUGUGGAGAGUUUGGGGGAAAAGGUGUGCAGGAAGCACCACAGGCUGAUGAUGCUGUUCUGCAGGAAGGAAAACUCUGUGCUUUGCGACCUGUGCGUCGGAUUGCGGCAUGCCAACCACGAUGUGGUUUCCGUAAAGAGGGGAUACAAUGAUAUGACGUAUCAGGUGGUGAGAAAUGAGGCCAAAGUGCAGCGGAUGAUUCAAGAAAGGAUGCAGAAGGUCCAAAGCACAAAGGAGUCGCUGAUACAAGGCAAGACGGAUACAAAAAAGCUGAUAGAAAAUGGAAGUCGGGAUCUAACGAAGUUGGUUGCUGAGAUUAAGAGGACCCAAGAGGAACUCAUAAAGGUGUUUGAAGAGAAGCAGAAAGCAGCAGAGAACCAAGCAACGGGGUUAAUUACAGACAUGGAGAAAGAGAUUUCUUGUUUGAAGGUGACGGCAAAGAAUCUGGAGGAACUGAAGGAGAUUAAAGACCCAGUCUGUUUUCUCAAGAGGUACCCAAACCAGUCCCUCCUCCCACACACCAUGGACCUGUCCACACACAACUUCAUCAGGCACCUGGAGGUGAAGUACAUGCAUAAGUCUGUGAGAAACUCAAUAUCUCAACUGCAGGACUUGCUGGGUAAACUGAACGAAGAACUCAACAGAUUCUCAAACAGCACAGAUACAUCAAACAAGGCAACGCUCAGGUACAUGCAGCAGUACGGGGAGAACAUCGUGCUGGAUUUUGACACAGCUCACCCCAUGCUCACCUUAUCCGCUGACGGGAAGCAGGUGUGGUACAACAUGGGCACGGGUUUGUGGGGAAACCAGAUCCCAAAACCCAACAUGUUCACUCAGCAUCUCGCUGUUGUGGGGCAGAGAGGAUUUUCCUCACGCAGGUUUUACUUCGAGGUUCACGUGGGCCAAAAGACAGAGUGGUGUCUGGGAGUGGCAUCAGCGUCGCUCCAAAAGAACGGGGCGAUAGUUCGGAGUCCGAACACCGGACUCUGGGCCAUCUGGUUCUUAGUAGACAAGUUUGAAACCUUCAGCUCUCCAGGCGAGGUGGUGUGUACAGGGAAAGUGGAGCAUGUUGGAGUUUUUGUUGACUACAACGGAGGUCAAGUAUCGUUCUUUGACGUGGUCACAGCAGUACACAUUUACUCUUUUACUGAGUGUUUAUUUACCGAGGAGCUGUAUCCGUACUUUAAUCCAUGCGAUAAUGAGUAUGGUUCAAAUCUGGAUCCCAUGAUAAUUGUUCCCGUUUCUUCUGCAGAAUGAACAGAGUAUUUAGAGACUGAUUAAUUGAUUUAGGUUAGAUGGCAAAAACACAAAAUCUUACCACGUAUUUUUGAAAUAGGACAAAACUAACUUACAAGUAACUUUUCAGCCACAUAUAGCAACUAUUAAAUCAACAAUUCUUAAAUAUUGACGAAGAGUACCAGUUCCAGUGGCAGAUUAUUUUAUUUAUAACAAAAAAUUUUUCCCAUGUUACAAGUGAAAUAAUCUGCCAGUGGAACUAGUACUUUAUUAACCAAUAUUAAGAAAUAUAUUUACUUAAACAAGCUUCUGUGUCGUGCUAGGUAACUGGCUGGGCUUUGCUGUGGUUGCUAGGUGAUGGACUGGGGUUGCUAGGUAACGGCAAUUAAGUGCCUGUCAGUUGUGACUCUUCAGGAGGUUUUUGAAACGGCUUGUCUUUCCAUACAUCAAAAUACAUAUAACAUAGGAGAAGUGUCUUGUUAUAAGUAAAAUAAUUUGUUAUCAAUGUUAAGGAAUUGCUUACUUAAAACAAGCUCCUAUAUUUUUGCUAAAAAGUUACUUGUAACUUAGUUUUGCCUUAUUUCAAAUAUACUAAGAUAUUUUGCACUAGAAACUAGACAAGAAAUACUCUGUAAGACUUUGUAUUUUCUGCAGUGUAGAAAAUAAGUGAAGCUAAACUGUAUUUAAAAUGCACACUUUGAAGACUAUUUCUAAAAAUGAAGUUUCUCUUUUUCUUUUAAGUUCUGGUUCUGAUUUGAGUUUUAAUUUAAUUUUUUCACUGCAAAACCCUGGUGGCUCUGAGAUAUUCACUGUCUGAUGACCUUCACUUGCAGUAUUGAUUGUUCGGCGCUGAAAACUGUCUCAGGAUGCACCGCUCUACUCCUGACGCCACCAAACUUGUCCUCUUGUGUCGUCCUAGAUCUGCAGCACGUAACACCAGAUUACAAACAAAUUGGCCUAACUUUUAACAACUAUUUUGUGCCACUUUUAAUUAAAAUUUUUCAGUUUUCUGGGGAGCAAACGCUGACGUGAUUUUUUGUUUUUGCCUUUUGAGCAGAUAAAAACAUUUUUAUAUGAAUAUUUGUUGUUAUUGUUAGUGGCUUUGUUUGCCAGCUAAACUCUAAACCAGAGGUUUACAACCUCACAAGAGACACACAACUUUGGCUAAAUUAAAAAAAGAACCAGCUAUUGUUUCUAAAUUUAGAUAUUAUAACAAACUUGGGUUUUUGACAGUUUUUCAGUUUAUUUCUAGAAUAUUUCAAUUGAGUUUCCACAAAGAAAAACACUAAAGUGCUAGAAAGAUGUUUAGGUUGGAACUUGUGUUUUAUUUUUCAUCCCACAGAAGAUAGAGGUCCAUCCUUCUUUUGCUAAAGUUUAUGUUUUAAAUCCUAAAAACAGAAAUGAAAUGGAGGUUAUUUAAAACUGACAACAACGACCUAAGAGUAAAAAUGGGUCUCAGGUUGUAAAGGAUUCAGACCCCGGCUCUAAAACAAAACCUCAGCAGAAAACCACAGAGAAUUAACAAAAGAGCUGUUGAAGCCAUCUAAAAACAAAACUUGUCUUUCUUUCAUAUUUAUUUUUAAUUUAUCUUCAAUGUUCAGACCAGACUCACUUUGUUUUAUCUCUGCUGCCUCAGAUGCAAUUUUCAACAAUGUUUUCAUCUAACAUGAAGUAAAAUCUAUGCAUUUAGUCCCUCGACCAUUUUGUAGUUUUGAUUGUUUCAUAUAGACCAGCCUGAGUCUGUAGGACUCAUGUCUGUGCAUCAAACUCUGAGAACAACUCACAAACAAUCCAGUUAUAAUUAUGUUUGCUUUUUUUCUCGCGCAAGAAAUUAGGUUACAAUAACUAUAAAAUCUAUUCACCUCUGGAAUAUUUGCCUUAAUAAAUCAAUUAUAAUCAACAAAAUAUAUUGUUCAGUUAGGGGUCAUAAUUUUUUAUGUCUUCUGGCCCAAAUAAGAACUAAGUUUAAUACAAAGUGUCCAGAUAAUAACAUAUGAUUGAAUCGAGUUAUAUGAGAGACCGGAGCAUUUUUAUUGUUUAUAACAAUAACAAACUAAAAUAAAAAUGAAACUCAUACAGGAUGGUUUGUGAGAAAUGUUUUGUUUUCAGACAUGAAGAGAUGAAAUGGUUUUUCAGGGGAUCCCACAAGGAUCCGUGUUAGAGGCUUUAUUAUUUAGCUUUUAUAUUACUAAUCCUGCUGAACAGCGUGUUGAUGUGAAACCGCAAACGUAUGCUGAUGAUACUCCCUUAUAUAAAACAACUGCAAAAACCAGUGUUGUAUAGUAACAAAGUAAAAACACUUCAUUACUUUA